CUGUCCAUGACGCCGACCGACAUUUUCUUUUUGGCGUGGCAGUUGGCAAGAGAAGUUGUGUAGCAAACUAUAUAUUAUUUUCAGUGUUAGUUAUUUGUAGAAUUUAUUAAAUUUUAUAAAAAUGAGACCGCAAAAUGGCGACGAUGGCUAUGACGAGCCGGAGGUCCACCGUAAGAUUUUUAUCGGAGGAUUGAAUUAUCGUACGAAUGAUGAUUCACUGAAGGAGCAUUUCGAGAAAUGGGGGGAAAUCGUCGACGUGGUCGUAAUGAAAGAUCCCAAGACCAAGCGGUCGCGUGGUUUUGGUUUCAUUACCUAUUCCAAGGCUCACAUGGUGGAUGACGCUCAGAACAACAGACCGCAUCGUAUCGACGGACGUGUCGUUGAAACUAAACGAGCUGUUGCCAGACAAGAUAUCAAAAACCCUGAGGCCGGUGCAACAGUCAAGAAAUUGUUCAUCGGAGGAAUCAAAGAUGACCAUGACGAAGAUCAACUUCGGGAAUAUUUCUCAGCUUAUGGCAAUGUACAAAAUGUCAGCAUCGUUACAGACAAGGCCACGGGCAAAAAGCGAGGAUUUGGCUUUGUUGAAUUUGAUGACUAUGAUCCCGUUGAUAAGGUUUGCUUAAAUGCGCCUCACAAAAUUGGUGGUAAACAAUUGGACGUCAAAAAAGCCCUUCCCAAGGAUGGUUCAGACCAGAGAGGAGGAAGACAGGGUGGUGGAAGGAACGACAGCUGGGGAGGCGGUGGCGGUGAAUUCUCUACAGGUGGCUACGGAAACAACCAAGGGGGAUGGAACAACUCCAAUCCUUGGGAUAACAACCAGGGAGGAGGAUGGGGUGGUAGCCAAGGGGGUGGUUACGGAGGCGGUGGUAACCAGAGAGGAGGAGGUGGUGGUGGCGGAUGGGGAAAUCAGGACUUUGGCAAUUAUAACCAACAGAGUUACAGCGGGGGCCCAACUCGUAACCAACAAUAUGGCAAUAGCAGAUCAGCUCCCUACAAUGUGAAUCAGGGAGGUGGCGGCGGCGGUGGCUACAGCGGUGGCAACUAUGGGGGUGGACAGGGCAGAGGCGGCCGAUUCUAAGUCUCUGAGGUUUCGUGCUAAGUACACUAGUAGUGCAGAGUAUAUCGUGCUAGUGUAGGCAGUACGCUCCGGAGCACUAGUUACAUCAUGGUCUACAAUCGGAGACCAACUAGGAGAAGCCGUCAGGAAAAACGUCUUAGUUCAUCUCUUAGAAAAAUUAUCAUAAUAGAUUAGUUACGAAUAAGUACUGAUAUUUUAAGAUGGUCUGCUAUUUAUUGUUGUACUUGGGUACAGACAUUAUGUUUAAGAAAUAGUUUGUGAAAGUAAUCUUUUCUACGGUAUAUAAGUACAACUUAGGUUAACAUGUAAGAGAUUUUGCAUUAGAAGCUAGAUAAAGAUAAGAUGUGACAUUUACUUUAUAUAGAUCAUGACUCAUAAAAUCCCCGGACUAACUCAGUAUUAAGUUCUCAAAUGUUAUGGAUUUGUAUAGGAUUAAAAUUGAAUAUUUAGGUUUAAUGUGAAAUAAAUUUUUUAAUAUCAAAC